ACCCUUCAAAAUAGUAGCAAGUCAUCAUGUUUAAUAUAACUCCGGUUUUCCUUUCUAUGACCUUGGUCAUAAGUUUUGUUAUGGGUAACCCUUUAAUACCCCAAGAAGGAGAAGAUGAAGAUGUUGUUGUAAUCAACUCCAACUAUUUGGAAGCACCUCCUCAAGGCCAUUCCAAAGAUGUCAUCGAUUUGAGCUUUUAUGGCAUGGCCUUAUUUGGUGAACCAGAUGAUAAGAACACCGCCCAACUUGUAGCCAACUAUGAAGCUGACACCUCAUCGGUUAAUCCCGAAGAGUUGGGUUCGUAUCUGGAGGGUGACAUUUUGGUGCCCAAGCAAGGAGUGAUUAUGAAAAAUGGCCUAACCACUCAAAGUUCCCGCUGGCCUCAGGGCAUAGUACCCUUUGAGAUUCGUGGCAACUUUAAUGCCAAAGAUAGGGCCGUCAUUGAACAUGCCAUAGAUGAGUAUCAUAGUCGAACCUGCAUUCGUUUUGUACCACGCACCUCGGAAACCGACUACAUAUCCAUUGUAAGUGGCAACUCAGGCUGUUGGUCUUCGGUGGGACGUGUCGGUGGCAAGCAAGAGGUGAAUCUUCAAUCCCCUGGAUGCUUGACCAAACCCGGAACAGCCAUACAUGAACUUAUGCAUGCCCUGGGCUUUCUUCAUGAACAGAAUCGUGAGGAGCGUGAUUCCUAUGUGGACAUUCAAUAUAACAACAUUCAACCCAGUGCAGUGACGAAUUUCGAAAGAGCUUCCAAGACCAUAGCAUUUGGGGUACCCUAUGACUAUGGCAGUGUUAUGCAUUAUUCGGCCAAUGCCUUCUCGACAAAUGGUCAACCGACCAUAGUGGCGGUGCGCUCAAUGGGUAGCUCUAGAAUGGGACAACGUGAUGGAUUCUCAGAUAUGGAUGUUGAAAAACUAAAUCAAAUGUACGAUUGUGGUUACAAUUCGGGACCUGGGGCAGUUCCAGCUCCUGUGCCAGCGCCAGCAGUACCAGCUGCGGUUCCUGCCCCUGGAGGCAGUGGCUCUGAGAAUGCCGUUGACAAUACUCUCAUAAAUAGUUUUGUAAGUGGUAUUAUGACGGGCUUGGGAUUUGGAGAUGAUCCAUUGGCUUAAAGAAGACAAUUGAUUUGGAAGACAAGAUGACAAAGGCAACCAACAGUAUUACCAUAUCCAAAGAACAAUUUUUAGAAAGAAGCAAAUAAAACAAUUUAUGGCUAAG